AUUGCAUCAUUUUUAAGUUUUAACCUAACCCUCCCACAGAUCCAUUUUUAUAUAAUCUGCGCCAGUCAAUUUGAAAAUUGACUCAUAUUUUAUAUAAGUACGUACGUGAUAGGUGAAUUUUUAUGGCGGAUCCGUAUGGCAACGUGCCCAAAAGUGACGACCAGCCAUCCAACUCCAACCCACCUUUCUUUAUUCAACUUCCUCCAACCAGCAGCUCCUCCGAUGUCAAUGAUCAACAGCAUCACGACCUCUUGGGCCUCCGCUCUCCGACCGGUGGCUCCAUUUCUUCGCCAGGGAGACACCCGCUUUACCGAGGGAUCCGGUGCCGGAGCGGGAAAUGGGUGUCGGAGAUUCGAGAGCCACGUAAGUCCAACCGCAUAUGGCUGGGCACGUAUGCCAAGCCCGAGAUGGCGGCCGCGGCUUAUGACGUGGCGGCCAUAGCCCUUAAAGGGCCUGAUACUGCCCUGAAUUUCCCCAACGCCCUAAUUACUUAUCCGAUCCCGGCUUCUUCGGCGGCCAGUGACAUAAGGGCUGCGGCAGCUAGGGCAGCCGCGUCUAGGGCGGAGAACAUUAAGCCGGGAGAGAGCUCAUCCGGUGGUGCGGCGGGUCGGGUUGAAAAUGUGCAUAGGUCAGGUGGUGGUCGUGGUACUGGAGUGACGUCAGAUGACGGUGGCGGCUGUCAGGAGUUUAUGGACGAGGAAGCGCUGCUGAAUAUGCCUAAUUUGCUGGCGGACAUGGCGGAGGGAAUGCUGGUGAGUCCGCCGAGAGAUCCGGCUGAUGAUUCGCCGGGAAAUUCGGACGGAGAAAGUCUGUGGAGCUAUUAAUCAAUUGGCCAUAGCUCAUCUCACAGUUCAAGUAAUCAACAUCAUUCUGGAUCAAAAUUAAGGGUAUGUAUUGUGAUGAUACAUAUGAUUGAUUUGCAUUACUAAUAAGUAGCUAUUAGCUAAUUGAGUACUGGUGUGUGCAGACUUCAUAGUUUCAUUUUGGCUUUGGCUGGAUGUAAAUGUGUCUGAGUCUGAGUCUCUUUCUGUGUGUUCUUUGGUGGCCGGAUCGAUGACCGAUAAUUAUGGGUCUGAAAUCGAUCUGCAGUCAGCUGCUGCCUAGCUAUAUAUGUAUACUGCUUUUUUCUGCAGCUGAUUAAUUUGUACUAUUGCGUGUAGAACUAGCCAGAAAUUAUUGGUCACUGCUUCUGCUUUUGCUGCUA